AUGCGUUUCUCCGUUCAGAUCAUCGCCGGUCUGGCCCUCGCCGCCAGCACCGCCAACGCAGGCCUAUACAGAAGAGCACACCAGACAUCCACCAGCAGCGAAGUGACCACUAUCCCAACCGAAACCGCCACUGUGGCCACCCCCGUCAUCGAUAAAGACACCUCCGCCACCGAGACCAGCACCACCGCAACAACCGGGAGCGACCCCACCGUCCUCUCUAGCGCGGAUGCCGCUCCCACCGAGACGACAAGCGUCCCUGUCAUCAAGCCCAGCGACGCCGCAUCCUCCUCCGACGCUGCUAGUUCCUCCGCUGCCGCCAUCACGACUGCCACGCUUCCCAAAGCUACCGGUACUGGCGACUACGUUGGUCUCGUUAGUCCCACUGAGUCGAGCAGCACUGGCAGCAGCAGCAGCAGCAGUGGCGGCCACAGCAGUGGUAGUGGUAGUGGCAGUGGCAGUGGUAGUGGCAGUAGCAGCGGCAGCGGCAGCAAGAGCGGCAGCAACAAUGACGACGGCGAAGAGACCAAAGCCACCACGUCCCGUCAUACCAGCCCUGGCUCCACCCUCGUGGUGCCUGGCCUCGCUGCCCUGGGUGGUCUUGCCGUUGGCCUGAUGGUUUUCGUUUGA